UCAUGCUGCUGCCAGGUCCACAGUGUCUCAUGGUCCCUGUACGGCCUCCCAUUGCUGCUGUCUCCAUCGCCACACUCUGCCAUGUGCCACUUUCAGGUCUCCUCACACUGCUGGUGUGUUCCAUUUUGUCAUAGAGUGCUGGCAGAUUACGGGCCUCCCAUAGCUGCUGCCAGGCCCCUAAUCUGCCAAGGGGCCCCUGUACCGCCUCUUCAUGCUGCUGCCAGGUCCAGAGUGUCUCAUGGGUCCCUGUACGGCCUCCCAUUGCUGCUGUCUCCAUCGCCACACUCUGCCAUGUGCCACUUUCAGGUCUCCUCACACUGCUGGUGUGUUCCAUUUUUUGUC